AUAACUAUAUUCCCCGUUGGAUUUCGGAUUCUAGUCAAAUAAUUAUUUGUUUAGAACUGUUUUAUUUUACUUCAACAACAAAAUGGAUAUAAUGUCAAAUAUGAAAAUAGAAAGGGUUAAUUGAAAGGUUAACUAAUAUCUUUUUUUUUGUCAUAUGGUUAACUAAUAUCUAUAUUAAGAAAUUUGAUGCUGUGGUUCUUGGAAAAUACAAUUUUUUUAACAUAAUGCAAAUAGAAACUGUUUGAACAAUUGCUAUAGCUUCAUAAAUAUUUUUUAUUUUUUCUGUAAUUAUACUCAUAAUUUAAGAUACAAUAAUAUUUAAAUAGUAAAAUGUAAGAUAUGAAAGUAUCAGUAAAAAAAUGCAAAGCUAUUUUUAAUGUUUUUUGAAAAUAUCUGAAAAUGCAUCCUAAAAUUGAAUUUUAUCCAAAUUAUUCAAAAAAAGGAAAGGAUUAUAGCUACUUGACUUUAUAUAACUUUAUAUUUUAUUUCGUUACCGAAAAAUGUGGUUAGUGUUUAUCCAGCUAAUUUGUUUAUGUAUCUUUCUUUCUGUGAUUUAUCAUUCCAAUACUCUAAAUGAACAUGUUUAUUAGAUAAUCCAUUUAUGGAAAAUAGCUAUUUGAAAAUUUUAAAUAUGUAGUUAUGAAGGAAUACAUUAUACAUCACUAAAUCUGUAUUGGAAGAGUUCUUUUUAUUGAAAUCAGUGGAAGAGGUUAUUUUAUGAUCAUCAAAAAGUUUUACGAAUUUUUUAUCCCCUUCAAAAUACACUAUAACGUUACGAAUUUUCUCUCGUUCAUCAAUAGUUUUCUAACAAUGUUGUAGAGUUUUAUUGAAAUAAACAUAUUUAACCUAGGUUUAAUCCAAAUAAUAUGUUUUAAUUUUGUGCUUAUAUUUUUUACAUUAGCGCUAUCUUAAACCAUAGAGAAAUUGACGGUGGGUGAUGGAGUUUUCCUUGAUAUGUGAAGACAAGUGGUUGAAAUUAAAAUCACCCAUUACCAAGUCUCACCCACAAAAACAUACAUUCCAAAUUAAUAUCUAUAUUAAGAAAUUUGAUGUUAUAAUUAUUAUUUGAACUGUAAUAAUUAGUUGUUUAUAACUGUUUUUUAAGUUAACAACAAAAUGGAUAUAAUGUAAAAAUGGAAGUAGAAAGGAUUAAUCGAAAUGUUAAUUGAUAUCUAUAUUAAGAAAUUUGAUGUUUUGUUUCUUCGAAAAUAUAAUUUAUCUUAUACAAAUUUUCAACAUAAUGCAAAUAUAAAGGUUUAUUCUACAAUUGGUAUAGUUUCAUAAAUAUUGUAGAGAAAUUAUUUUACUUUUUCUGUAAUUAUAAUCAUAGUUUAAGAUUAAAAACAUUCCAGUUAAACUUAAUAGUAAUUAAAAUUGUAGUUGAAAUGAAUCUACAAUCAAAACAAACUAAAUUAAGCAAGUUUAAAAAAUAAACUAUCUAGGUAUUCAACCACAACGAAACUACUUCUGCAAAUAUGUCUUCUCUAUCGAAGAGUAGUUUCAUCAUGUUGCUCAAGUGUAUGUACCAAAAGAAGAAAAAGAGGACACCGUAGCCGUUCCAACCAUGGAGGAAAACUAGACCAAAGCAACAGCGACCUAUCAUGUGACUUUAUAUAACUUUAUAUUUUAUUUCGUUAUCGAAAGAUGUGGUUAGUAUUUAUCCAACUAAUUUGUUUAUGUCUCUUUUUGUGAUUUUUCAUUCCAAUACUCCAAAUAAACAUGUUUAUUAAAUAAUGCAUUUAUGGAAAACAGCUAUUUGAAAAAUUUAAAAGCAAUGUAGUUAUGUAGGAAUACAAUUUACAUAUUUCUAAAUGAUAAAGUUGCAUUAGAAGUUUGACAAAAAAAAAGUUGAACUAAAUUUUUGUUGGAAGAGUUUUGUGAUCAUAAAAACACACUACAACGUUAGGAAUUUCCCCUCAUUCAUCAAUAGUUUCUUGACAACAUUGUAGAGUUUUAUUCAAAUAAACAUAUUUAACCUAAGUUUAAUCCAAAUAAUACGUCUUAAUUUGAGUUUGCAUUUCUUACAUUAGCUUCCAAUAGCGCUAUCUUUAGCUCCAUAGAGAAAUUGACCGUGGAUGAUGGAGUUUUCCUUGAUAUGUGAAGACAAGUGGUUGAAAUUAAAAUCACCCAUUACUAAGUCUCAGCCACUAAAACAUACAUUCCAAAUAUAGUUUAUGUGUUUGCACUAACCAAGGCAAGACCUUACAUAGACAAGAUAAAUAAGGAAAUAGUUUCUAAAUGUUUUUCUUCCUUGUCGGUAAAAAGAGUGUGGUAAGGUGGGAGACAUGGAGAGAGCCGUGGUGAAAGCAAAGCGUAAAGAGUUAGGGAUUUCAUGCAUGCUUAACACAGAGGUUGGUGCAGUCCUUGCUGUCAUCCGUAGACCCAUCUCAGAAAGUUAUCUUUCUCCACAAGAAACAGAUCAUUGUGAUUCAUCAGUCCAACAAUCUCUCAAAUCUCUGAGAGCCCUUAUCUUCAACCCUCAGCAAGAAUGGCGCACCAUAGAUCCUUCGGUUUACCUCUCGCCUUUCCUUGAAGUCAUUCAAAGCGAUGAGAUCCCCGCAAGUGCCACAGCGGUGGCUUUGUCCUCAAUCUUGAAGAUUCUUAAGAUUGAAAUCUUUGAUGAGAAAAGUCCUGGUGCUAAAGAUGCUAUGAACUCUAUUGUCUCUGGGAUCACUAGUUGUCGUUUGGAGAAAACAGAUUCGAUAUCUGAAGAUGCGGUGAUGAUGAGGAUCCUUCAAGUUCUAACCGGAGUCAUGAAACAUCCAGCCUCGGAGUUACUAGAAGAUCAAGCGGUUUGCACAAUAGUCAACACAUGUUUCCAAGUUGUACAACAAUCUGCUGGUAGAGGAGAUCUUCUCCAGCGCAAUGGAAGAUACACAAUGCAUGAGCUGAUUCAGAUCAUCUUCUCUAGGUUACCUGACUUUGAAGUCAGAGGAGAAGACGGUGGUGAAGAUUCAGAGUCUGACACUGACGAAAUCGACAUGAACAGCGGAUAUGGAAUACGCUGUUGCAUCGACAUUUUUCAUUUCUUAUGUUCUUUGCUCAAUGUUGUUGAGGUUGUCGAGAACUCGGAAGGGACAAGCGUCCACACCGCGGACGAGGAUGUGCAGAUUUUCGCUUUGGUCUUAAUCAACAGCGCCAUUGAGUUAAGCGGUGAUGCUAUAGGGCAACAUCCAAAGCUUCUUAGGAUGGUUCAAGAUGAUUUGUUUCACCAUUUGAUCCAUUACGGAGCUUCUUCAAGCCCUCUUGUCCUCUCUAUGAUCUCUAGUUGUAUCCUUAACAUCUAUCACUUCCUCCGCAAGUUUGUGAGGCUACAACUUGAAGCUUUCUUCUCCUUUGUGUUACUUAAAGUUACAGCUUUCACAGGCUUCCUUCAGUUACAAGAAGUGGCCCUUGAAGGGCUUAUCAACUUUUGUCGACAACCUGCGUUCAUAGUUGAAGCUUAUGUGAACUAUGAUUGUGAUCCCAUAUGUAGGAAUGUUUUUGAAGAGACAGGCAAAGUUCUAUGCAGACACACCUUCCCUACAUCUGGUCCCUUAACCUCUAUGCAAAUCCAAGCCUUUGAAGGUCUUGUGAUCUUGAUUCACAACAUAGCUGACAACAUGGAUAGAGAGGAAGAUGAAGGUGGUGAGGAAGAAGACUCAAACGCUAUCAAGCCAAGCCCGGUUGAGAUUAACGAGUACAUACCCUUUUGGAUAGAGAAGCCAAAAGAGGAUUUUGAGACAUGGGUGGAGCAUAUAAGAGUAAGGAAAGCACAAAAGAGGAAGCUAGCUAUAGCUGCUAACCAUUUUAAUAGAGAUGAGAAAAAGGGUUUGGAGUAUUUGAAGUAUAACCACUUAGUCUCUGACCCUCCUGAUCCAAUGGCAUUAGCUUCUUUCUUCAGAUUCACACCAGGUUUGGACAAGACAAUGAUUGGAGAUUACCUUGGAGACCCUGACGAGUUGCAUCUCAGUGUUCUCAAAAGCUUCACACAUACAUUUGAGUUCACAGGCAUGAAUCUUGAUACUGCUUUAAGAACAUUCUUGGAGUCGUUUCGGCUACCAGGAGAGUCUCAAAAGAUUGAACGUAUGAUUGAAGCUUUCUCCGAGAGGUUCUAUAAUCAACAGUCUUCAGAGAUCUUUGCAAGCAAAGACACUGUCCAUAUCCUCUGCUACUCGCUAAUCAUGCUCAACACAGAUCAACACAACCCUCAGGUUAAGAAGAAAAUGACUGAAGACGAGUUCAUCCGCAACAACAGAGCCAUCAACGCUGGAAAAGACCUUCCAAGAGAGUACCUCUCAGAGCUGUUUCAAUCCAUUUCAACAAACGCAUUCGCCUUAUCGACACAUUCAGGUCCGGUGGAGAUGAAUCCAAACAGAUGGAUUGAGCUGAUGAACAGAACAAGGACCACACAGCCUUUGAGUAUGUGCCAGUUUGAUCGGCGAAUAGGACGAGACAUGUUUGCAACCAUAGCAGGUCCAUCUAUAGCUGCAGUUUCAGCCUUCUUCGAGCAUUCAGACGACGACGAAGUGCUUCACGAGUGCGUUGACGCUUUGAUCUCUAUAGCCAGAGUUGCUCAGUACGGUCUCGAAGACAUUCUCGACGAGCUAAUCGCCUCCUUUUGUAAAUUCACAACGCUGUUGAACCCUUACACAACCCCUGAAGAGACUCUCUUCGCGUUUAGUCACGACAUGAAACCUAGAAUGGCCACUCUUGCUGUCUUCACGCUCGCUAACAGCUUCGGAGAUUCCAUCAGAGGAGGGUGGAGGAACAUUGUGGACUGUCUCUUGAAGCUAAGAAAGCUCCAGCUUCUUCCGCAGUCUGCUAUAGAGUUCGAGACAACGGAGGAAGAAGCCUUAUCCGAAUCUGACCUAAACAUGCUUGCGAGCCAAGAAAACAAAUUCAACAGGAGACAAGGCUCUAGCUUAAUGGGUAGAUUCUCACACUUCUUGGCGUUAGACAGCGUUGAAGAGUCUGUAGCUCUUGGGAUGAGCGAGUUUGAGCAGAAUCUCAAAGUCAUUAAACAAUGCAGAAUCGGUCAAAUCUUCAGCAAAAGCUCGGUGCUGCCUGAUGUGGCAGUGCUGAACCUAGGCCGUUCAUUGAUCUACGCAGCUGCAGGAAAAGGACAAAAGUUUAGCACGGCGAUAGAGGAAGAAGAGACGGUUAAAUUCUGCUGGGACUUGAUCAUAGCUGUGGCCUUAUCCAACAUCCACCGGUUCAACAUGUUCUGGCCUAGCUACCAUGAGUAUCUCCUCAACGUAGCUAACUUCCCUCUCUUCUCCCCCAUCCCUUUCGUCGAAAAAGGCAUCCCGGGCUUGUUUAAAGUCUGCAUAAAGAUUCUCGCUGCUAACCUUCAAGAUCAGCUCCCGGAGGAGCUGAUCUUCAGGUCGAUAACGAUCAUGUGGAAGAUAGAUAAAGAGAUUAUCGACACUUGUUACGACACGAUAACAGAGUUUGUCAGCAGGAUUAUCACGGACCACUCCGCUAGUCUCCAAACUCAGAUCGGUUGGAAAAGCGUUUUGCAGCUGCUCUCUUUGUGCGGGAGACAUCCCGAGACCAAGGAGCAAGCUGUUGACGCUCUCAUCGGUCUAAUGUCCACCAACGCGUCCCAUCUCUCCCAGUCAAGCUACGCGUAUUGCAUUGAUUGUUCCUUCAGCUUCGUCGCGUUGCGAAACAGCGCGGUUGAGAAGAACUUGACGAUACUAGACCUCAUGACGGAGUCAGUUACAAUGUUAAUACAAUGGUACAAGACAGCAUCCACGGAGACGGUGAAUAACUUCAGCGUGGCUAGCAACACGAGCAGCUCAUCCUCAGUGGAGGAGAACAGUUUGAGAGGAGUCAACUUCGUUCACCACCUCUUCCUCAAACUCUCCGAGGCUUUUCGAAAAACAACGCUAGCGCGACGAGAAGAGAUACGCAACAGAGCGGUGACGUCGCUAGAGAGAAGCUUCACCAUGGCGCACGAGGAUCUCGGGUUCACGCCGUCGGGUUGCAUCUACUGCAUAGACCAUGUGAUCUUCCCGACGAUAGAUGACUUGCACGAGAAGCUACUAGACUAUUCGAGGCGCGAGAGCGCGGAGAGGGAGAUGAGGAGCAUGGAAGGGACGUUGAAGAUAGCGAUGAAGAUGCUUAAGAACGUGUUUUUGCAUUACUUGGAGCAGAUUGUUGGGAGUGCGGAGUUUAGGACGUUUUGGUUGGGGGUGUUGAGGAGGAUGGACACGUGUAUGAAGGCGGAUUUGGGGGAGUAUGGUGAUAAUAAGCUUCAGGAGGUGGUGCCUGAGCUUUUGACUAUAAUGAUUGGGACGAUGAAGGAGAAGGAGAUUUUGGUGCAGAAGGAGGAUGAUGAUCUUUGGGAGAUUACUUAUAUUCAGAUUCAGUGGAUUGCUCCUUCGUUAAAGGAUGAGCUAUUCCCUGAUGAAGAUAUGUAGACCUUUAAAUUGGUUGAUGCACUUAAUAAAAUUUUAGUUGAUGCAAUUUAAAUUGGUUGAUACAGACAUGUUAAGCUUAGUUUUAUUAUGUUUUAAUAAAAAUCACGUCUAAUUA